CCGCACCGGCUGCUCCGCACCCCGAGAUGGCCGCCAACACGCCCACGCCAUCGAGCGAGAUCAUCCACCUCGUGACGACAUUCGCCGACUCGCUCGACUCGCUGCCGCCGUCCCUCACCCGCUCCCUCAGCGACCUCAAGGAGCUCGACGCCGUCCUCAACAGUUCGCUCCAGAGCAUCACCGACAAGCUCCGCCUCGUGCACGACAUGAUGCACACGCCCGAGCCUGGCACCAAGCCCACCGCCGAGCCGCCCAAGUACACGCCGCUCGACCGCCUCAAGCUCCUGCGCGAGGUGGCAGAGGACGCUCGCGUGUUCCGCCUCGGCGGCGAGGACAAGAUCCGCGUCGCGACCAACACAUGCGAGACGAUCGCGACGCACACCUCGCACCUCGCGACCCUGUCGACCCUCCUCCUCAGCUUCCUCCCCGAGCACCUCCAGCCGCACCUGCCCGCGCCAUCCGCCCCGCACGGCUACCCCAAGUCGAACACGCCCUCGUCCGCCAUCGCCCGCCGCCAGAUGUUCGACUACCCGCCGGCGCGGCACCCGGGCCAGGGCAGCACGUCGCGCCUGUCGGGCGCGCUCGGCAUGGUCCGCGAGCACUACGACCUGACGCGAGGCGGCGCAGCCGGCGGCGUUGGCGUCGGCGGCAUCGCGGGUCCUGCUGGACUGGGCGGCAUGGGCGGCGCGCGAGGGUACGGCCAGUCGGGGAGGAAGCGCGCCGCCCAGAUCGACUACAGCAUCUACGGCGACGACUACCCGCUCGCGGGCGGUGUCGGUGCGGCCGGGCACGGCCGCAAGGACAAGGAAAAGGACCCGGCGCAGCGCCACCCGAACCAGUACACCAAGAAGCGGCUCCAGGGCGCGGCAGCUGGCGGCGCCGGCGUCGGCGGCAUGGGCGGCGUCGCGGGCGUGUACGGCGGCGGGUCGCCCUCGGGCGCCCUUGGCGGCGUCAUCUCGGCCCAGUCCGCCAACGCGGCUGCGGGCGUCUACUCGAACGCUGUCCCGCACCCGAUGGGCAUGACGGCCGUCGAGGCCGUCAAGGAGAAGCGGCGCGGGCAGGAAGCGGCCGCCGGCGCGAGCUCGGCUUCGGCCGCCGCAGCCGCAGCGGCCAUGGGCUCGACGAGUGGGCCCGUCAGUCGGUCGAGCAGCGUCGCGCCGGGAGCGGGCGGCGCGGCGAUGGGCUACCAGGGCAUGGCGAGCCAGAGCGAGUACGACCUCGCGACGCUCGGCGGGUCGCAGCAGCGCGCGCCGGCCAAGCGCAAGGUUGAGGACGUUGCCGGGGCGUCCAAGCGCCGCAAGAAGGGCGUCAACGACUCGCCCGAGCCUCCUGCGCGUUCCCUACCCGGCACUGUCCAAGCCGCCGGGCGCGCCCCUCGCCGCCAGAACUCGACCUCGACCCGGGCCGACGACCCGCCGUCGCCCGUCGCCGCGACGCAGCUCGCGCUUGACGACGACUUUGACGCGGCGCUCGACGGCGCAGACGACGACGGCGACAAGACGCUGUACUGCUUCUGCCAGCGCGUCAGCUUUGGCGAGAUGAUCGCGUGCGACGCGCCCGACUGCGAGCACGAGUGGUUCCAUCUCCCGUGCGUCGGCCUCAAGAGCAUCCCGGACGGCCGCUGGUUCUGCGACGAGUGCAGGCGCACGUCCAAGGCCGGCAAGAAGCGGCGGUAGUUGGUCGUCGAGAUGGAAACGCGAGCAGUUUGGCGGUCA